GUCCAACAAAUAUACUAUAUGAAUUCAUUAAACAUAUGGGAAAGAAAAGUAAAGAACAAAUAUGUAAACUGUUUAACAGAAUCAUAAAUGAAGGAGAACUACCUAAAGAUUGGAUAACAAGCGUAAUAGUACUACUACCAAAACCUAAAGAUUGGGAAGGGAACCUAAAUGUA